AUGAAAAAAUCGAUCGAUCCGAGGUCGAAACGGGUGUCCUUCUCUGAGGAUCCAAAGAAGUCCACAGUGAAGGCCUCAAAGGGCCCUGGUGAGAAGUGGAAAGUUGGGCCUCAAUACGAAGUGAAACAGCUCAUUGGGACCGGCUCUUACGGUAGCGUCUGUGAAGCCUUUGACACCUCCAAGAGGUGUUUGGUUGCUGUCAAGCGUAUUGGGCACAUGUUCGAGGAUUUGGUGGAUUGCAAACGCAUUCUGCGAGAGAUUGCCAUCCUCUCGAAGCUCAAGCAUGAAUACAUCGUCCGACUCUACGAUAUUGUUGCACCUGUCAACAUGGCCAAAUUCGAUGAGCUGUACCUUGUCAUGGAAAUCUGUGACUCCGAUUUGAAGAAGCUCUGUCGAACGGAUGUGAGCCUCACACCCUUGCACAUCAAUACCCUUCUCUACAACCUCUUGGUGGGUAUGAAGUAUCUACACUCUGCAGGGAUCUAUCAUCGAGAUCUCAAGCCCGCCAAUUGCUUGGUGAAUCAGGACUGUUCCAUCAAGAUUUGCGACUUCGGACUGUCCAGGGCCAUUGGAGAAGCCCAUGCAGUCGAGGAGCCAGGAGAGCAAGUGAAUACGCAGAAGCUGAAGAGGUUUCUGACUGGUCACGUGGUGACUCGAUGGUACCGUGCGCCAGAGCUCAUCCUGCUCCAGGAUAAUUACACUGAGGCCAUUGAUGUGUGGUCCAUUGGCUGCAUCUAUGCAGAGUUGUUGGGCAUGCUGGAGGGGAACAAGAUGGAGGACAGGGGGCCGUUGUUUCCUGGUUCUUCCUGCUUUCCUCUCUCACCAGACCACAAGCACAAGACUGACUAUCGAUAUCACACCAGAGGGAAACAUGAUCAGCUGAACAUGAUCUUCAACCUCUUGGGCACUCCGACAGAGGCUGAUAUCAAUCUCUUGGAAAGGGAGGAUGCCCGAAGGUACAUCAGAUGUUUCGCCGCGCGCGAGGGUGAUGGCAUCAAGUCCAAGUUUCCGCAGGUGGACGACGACUGUGUGGACAUCUUGGACAAGAUGCUUCGUUUCAAUCCCUCGCAGCGCAUCAGUGUGGCAAAGGCGGUCACCGGGUGCUGGUCAUCCCAUGUCGCCGUCAGUUUAUCCAUGGGAAACCAGCCAUGGAUGCUGUGA